GGAGGUACAGGCUAGCCAGAUGUGUCGUUUUUCUGGUGAUUAAACCAAAGUGGACUGUGAAAACUUCUCCAGUUUGGACCCAUGGGUAAUGUGCAACUUCCAGCAGCUGUAAAGCAUUGCCUCAGCUACCAGCAUCUACUUAGGGAUCAGCUUUGGAGUGGAGACAUUAAUGUUCAUGAACAGGAAUCAUAUGCAGUUGGACUUCCACACCAUGUUAAAAUAGUAGAAGUUGGGCCAAGAGAUGGACUACAGAAUGAAAAGAACUUUGUACCAACCAAUGUAAAAAUUGAGUUAAUCAAUCGUCUUUCUGAAGCAGGAUUACCUGCAGUAGAAGUGACUAGCUUUGUUUCUUCAAAAUGGGUUCCACAGAUGUCGGAUCAUACAGAAGUUAUGCAAGGUAUAACAAAGUACUCUGGUGUAAACUACCCUGUUCUCACUCCAAAUAUAAAAGGAUUUCAUUCAGCAAUUGCAGCAGGUGCUACAGAGGUAUCUGUAUUUGGGGCAGCAUCACAAACCUUCAGUGAAAAAAAUAUUAAUUGUUCCAUUGAAGAAAGCUUGGAAAAAUUUGAAGACGUUAUUAAGGCCGCCCACAACAUAAAUGUUCCAGUACGAGGGUACGUCUCUUGUGUAUUAGGAUGUCCAUAUGAAGGGGAUGUUGCAGCAUGUAAAGUAGCAGAGAUUGCAAAAAGGUUGUACAGUAUGGGUUGCUAUGAGAUUUCAUUAGGAGACACAAUUGGAAUUGGAACCCCUGGCAACAUGAGGAAAAUGCUUGAUGUUGUUAUAAAGGAAGUUCCUACAGGCGCCCUGGCUGUUCAUUGUCAUGACACAUAUGGACAGGCUCUUGCCAAUAUCCUUACAGCAUUACAGAUGGGGGUUAAUGUUGUAGAUUGUGCAGUUGCUGGAUUAGGUGGCUGCCCCUAUGCAAAUGGUGCAACAGGGAAUGUUGCCACUGAAGAUGUACUUUACAUGCUGAAUGGAUUAGGUAUUCAUACUUUUUACAAAGAGAAGUUGCAUUAUAGGAAAAUGUAUCAGCUGUACUGGCACUUAGAACCAGGCUUCCACAAAGCUGUUAGGCGAAACCAAAUACCAAAUACCAAGAUGUACCAGAUAUUUUAUCCUCAAAACACUCUCCACUCAGUGAUUGCUCUGCAUAUUCAUGUGUAUUAUUCCAUACCAGUUGAAAACAAAGCUGCCACAAGUGAUAAUAAUUGA